AUGAGACACGUACGAAGUCGUACAGCACUGGCCCUCGGAGCUGUGCUCAUCACAGUGUUCGUAUUUUUAUCUCAGCACCAUACUAUUCUAAAACCGAUCAACGUUGGCAGCCAGCAACCGGCAAAUCGCCCUACAGUGCCAGCAGACUGGUCUCCCGGGUCCUUGAGAGACCGGCUGCUCCAAGCAUACAAACCUGACCCCGAAUCAACAGGCAUUCCAAAGGAUAUAUGGCAAUCUUGGAAGUCCAAGGACAAUCUCGACAAGAACUUCCAAGAAAAUGUCAGGCUGUGGUCCGCACAACAGGGGUUCACGCACCAUUUCUUGGACGACGAGGAAGUGGAUAGCUUUGUGAGAUCAGAGUUCAAACAAUUCCCAGAGAUUAUCGCGGCCUGGGACAUACUGCCAAGAAAAAUCCUCAAGGCCGACUAUUUCAGAUACCUCAUACUGCUCGCAAACGGCGGGUUCUACAGCGAUAUAGACACGUCACCAACCCUUGAUUUGAACCAAUGGUUAACCGAGGCCCCAUUGGCUUCGCUCAUGACCGCAAAUAGCUUCCCCAAAAACAAUAUAGGUGUCAUAAUUGGUAUCGAAGAAGAGAUGGAUCUCGCAACAUGGAGAGGCUUGCUAAACAGAAGGAUAAACCUCUGCCAAUGGACUUUCGCAAGCAGGAAAGGCCAUCCGCUAUUUGUAGAUAUAGUUGCCAAAAUUGCGGAUCUGGCCCUGCACUACUACGAUUCCAAUACAAACGUCAUUACAUUUCCCAUGGGAUAUAAGAACCUUUUCAACAUGCAACCGGCGUAUAACAUGUCAGAGGGCUCCCCAAACUGGUACGAAGGAAUAAUCGAAUGGACUGGACCGGCUUCAUUCACCGAUAGCUUCUUCGAGACUACGAAUAUGUGGUAUAUCGAAAACUUCAAAGACCAUUUGCAAGGCACCGGAGAUGAGGUGUUGUGUAACUCCGAAAAUGUUUGCAUUAUAGACCCAAACAAACCGUUAAACCUAGUGUCGAAACUCAACUUCUAUCCUAUUGGGGAUAACUUACAAGGAUUCAAACCGCACUUGCAUCCAAUAGGGUGGGAGAAUUUGACCCUAUUAGAAUACCCGCUACUCUACGGUGAAGUGGCUUUUCUGCCAAAACAUUUCUUUAAUUCGCUAUAUACCACUGACGAUAAGAAGGGAUAUAUACAUCACGCUUUCACUGGGACUUGGAAAUGGUCAAAAGAUCCAUGA